AUGUCAAGGUAUUACCUCCCAAACACAACUAUUAACACGCCACCAACACUUAAUAAUGUCUUGGAGAUCGUUAAAAAAGUUGAAUACACGACUGGACCAGUUACAUUUACUACUUCGCAAACGGAAUCAUCAAUACAUUUAGCAAAAUUGUUAAAAGAGAUUCUCAUUCUUCAUGAUAAUAUUCAAGAAGUGCUCACCAAAAUUAAAGAUUCUCAACAGAGUUUCGAUUUGGUCAAAAAGUCAGAGAUCGAAAAAAAGAUCAAGAUAUUAAUAAAUUUCAGCAAACAUAUCGCUUCUAUAACGUCUCACAAACAAUCUUUGUUGAUGAGACUUAAAGAACCAUUCAAUCUCAAAUUCUCACUUUUUUUUAUUCUUUUAAUUGAAAAUAGCGCACUUUCAGAAUUAUUUCCUACAAUUACACAAAGUAUCGCAUUAUUACCGAAUGAUAUGGAGAGUAUUUCAUGGAUAAGAAAUCAUGAUAUCACUGAUGAAAAGAUUGAUAAUCAACUAUCUGGAAUCGCAUCUUUAAUCGCAAUGUAUGGCAAUUAUUCUGAUAGCCUUGACAGAGUUAGACAGGCUUUGAAAGAUAUUCAAAUUCUUGACGAAAGGAAAGGAUAA